ACUCUACAAUGAGCGCCAGCUUGGAUCCUUCUAGUUCCCCUACCGAUACCCACCCGUCCUCGAACGACGUCAAGGCCUUGGACCUGGCCGAUGCGUCCUCGCGGAGGGGCUCUAAUAUUCAAGACCUCGGAGCUCACAUCGAGGCGAAGCGGCAGGAGCACGCCCAGGCGCGCGCGAUGAAGAUGAAGCUCUUCGAGCAGCAGAUGCGCCAGCUCGAAAUGCAGCAGCAGAACGAGCUGCUCUCGAUCCCGUACGAGCUCUCCUCGUCCGGCUUCGCCGUCUCCGCGCCGACGACCCCGCCCCGCGUCAACGCGGCCCUCCACCCGGGCAACGACUCGGGCCCCGGCUCCGCCGCACCGCUCUCCGCCGGCCACCACCCGCACUUCGCGCCCUCCUCCCUGCACCCCCAGCAGCAGCAGCAGCAUCAGGGCCAGUACGCGGGCAACAACGGGCACCUGAACGCGGACGACCUGCACAAGGCCGUCGGGUCCGCGGCGGACAAGCGCAAGUCGGUCACGUACGCGCCCUCGGUCCAGGCCUCGCCCGAGCUCGGGCUGCACGCGCCAUCAGGAUACGGCCGCGUCGCGGGCGCGAAGAGCAUGCCCGCCAGUCGCCGCGGGUCCGCGAGCGAGCACGACGAGGAGCUCGCGGGUCACCUUCAGGGGCUCUCGCUCGCGGGCGAGAUGGCGGACAAGGCGCGCCAGCAGCAGCAACAGCAGCAACAGCAGCCGACGGUCUCGCUCAACGGCAACUCGUUCGGAGAGGAAGAGAACGGCAAGUUUGCGGGCGCGAACGGCCUUCGCGGGCACGGACACGGGAACGCGUUCAACGCGGGCAUGAUGCUCGACGAGCAGCUCGACCAGGAGAUGCAUAACGCGAUGCGCAACCUCCCGACGCCGGCGGACGACAAGUACCCGUACCCGGCCAAGGUCUCCCAGGCCGCGCUCGACCUCGCGCCCUUCUCGCAGGCCUCGCCGCGCGGCCCGGACUCGCUCGCCGGACGCGCCCCGCGCCGCACCGCGACCAACCCCGCGCUCACGACGCUCUCCGGCCUCGACGGCGCGACCAAGCUCGCGCAGAGCGUGUCGGCGACCAACACCCCGCUCCUGCCCCAGGGCCUGUCCUCGCGCCGCGGCUCGCCCCUCGGCUCGCUCGGCGAUAUCGCCUCCGGGAUGGGCGCGAUCGGCGCGCGCUCGGUGCCCGGGACGCCGCUCGGCGGGAUCAGCAGCAACAGCGCCGCGCAGCAUCUGCUGAAGACGCCCGGGACGCCGCUCACGCCCGACCCGCUUGGGUCGGGGGGACGGCUCGGCGACGGCGACCUCGGCGCGUCGCUGUCGCGGAUGCAGAACGCGGGAUCGUACGACGGCACGCCGCUCACGUUCAACUCGAUCGGUGGCGGCUUCGACGACGGUCUUCAGUCGCAGUCCCAGUACGGGAUGGACUCGGUGUACAACCUCGACAACGGCCGGUACGAGAACUACAACUUUGAGAGCAACGGACGUUCGAACGGGAACGCGGCGCUCGGUGCCGCGAACGGCGCGAGUGCGGGAUCGACGGCGCUGUACCAGCACGGCGGCUCGCGCUACGGGCUCGGUAUGAACGGACGUAUACCGAGCGGCGACAGCAAGAUGAACGGGAUCAGCGGACCGAAGCACAAGCGCGGCGAGAUGGAGCUGAAUCGGUUCGCGGGCACGCGGUUGGAGGAUCUUCAGGGCGAGAUUCCGGGACUGUGCAAGGACCAGCACGGGUGCCGGUAUCUGCAGAAGAAGCUCGAGGAAGGGAUUCCGGAGCAUCGCGAUAUGAUCUUCCGCGAGACCUUCGGGCACUUCGCGGACCUCAUGACCGAUCCCUUCGGCAACUACCUCUGUCAGAAGCUGCUGGAGUACGCGACGGACGAGCAACGGAAUCUGAUCUGCGAGUCGGUCGCGCAGGAUUUGGUCAACAUCUCGCUCAAUAUGCACGGCACGCGUGCCGUGCAGAAGAUGAUCGACUUCCUCUCCACGCGCCGACAGAUUCACUCGAUCAUCGUCGCCCUCAGCUUGCACGUCGUCGUGCUCAUCAAGGACCUGAACGGCAACCACGUCAUUCAGAAGUGCCUGAACAAGCUGGCGCCCGAGGACAACCAGUUCAUCUACAACGCCGUCGCCGCGAACUGCGUCGAGGUCGCGACGCACCGCCACGGAUGCUGCGUCUUGCAACGUUGCAUCGACCACGCGUCCGAUCAGCAGCGCGUGCAGCUCGUCAACGAGAUCACGUACAACGCCUUGACGCUCGUUCAAGAUCCUUACGGCAACUACGUCGUGCAGUACAUCCUCGAUCUCAACGAUAACCGGUUCAGCGACGGUGUCAUCCGUCAGUUCACCGGCAACGUGUGCGCUCUUUCCGUGCAGAAGUUUAGCUCAAACGUCAUCGAGAAGUGCAUUCGCGUGGCCGAGCACAGCACCCGCAAGCUUCUCAUUGAGGAGUUACUCAACCGGACCCGCCUCGAGAAGCUUUUACGUGACUCGUAUGGCAAUUACUGCGUACAGACCGCGCUGGACUACGCGGAACCCGGUCAGCGGGCUCUUCUCGUGGAAGGCAUCCGCCCGGUCCUGCCGCUGAUCCGCAACACCCCGUACGGCAAGCGCAUCCAGAACAAGCUUCAGCGUGAGCAGCUGGAUCACUACGGCGGCGGUUACAAUCAGCACAUGGGCGGUAUGCCGCUCGGCAACCAGGGCUUGGGUAUGGGCCACCACGGCCUUAACGGCGGAAGGCACAUGUCGCCUCAACAUAUGUCGCCUCAGUCCCUCCAUCACACGCCCUCGCUCUCCGACAUCUACGGAAGCCAGAACAGCCUUUAUGGUAUGCAGGGAUCGGGCCUCCAGGGUCAAGGCGGGCUGCCCGGCCUCCAGCCGCACUCGGUCGACGCCUACGUCCUUCAGGGCAACUCGGCGCACAACCAGGGCCUCCAGGGCGGCUUCUCCCCGCUCUCUCCCUUCCAGGGAGCGAACCAGUUCGGGAACGGUGCCCUCACCGGCGCGUUGAACGUCCCCUACCAGCGUUCGACGUCCUUCGGCUACGGCAUGUAAAAUCUUGACGACAAAACCGGCCUCCUCAAAACUGUCUUUUAUCUCUCGGCUCUUCGGUCUCAAUUACUCGGUCUCCGCUAAUCUCGCUCAACGCACGGAAGUUUUUUUGGGGCGGGAGGGUACCCCUUCCCCCGGCGGCGCCCUCCUCAUCCCUUUGUCUCCAUAUAAACCCGAACAACAACACCACAAUUACUCUAAACCUGCACCAACCCUCAUCUAUGUUUCUGUCUACCAAUCCGCCGUAUAUCUAACACCCGUCCCGUCGCCUCGGGCGCGUCCACCUAGCAUACCUCACCGCAUUGUAUUGCAACCCCACGCAUCCGAUCCCCCUCGUCCCGUUGCUUUCCGCUUUCCUGUUAGGACUUAACUUUUUUUUUUCCCCUAUUUUGCCACACGUGUAUAUCUCACCUCCCUCCGCGCUCGGCUCGGCAGCAGUAGUUUGUGUGUCAUACC